AUGCGUGGUAUUGCGCAUGGGCACAAAGUCAACGGUUUGCCAUUGUGUACCCCGUCAAUCUACGCCGAAAUAGCCUUCACUAUCGGCCAUUAUGUACAAAAGAUAUUUCCCGACCAACUAUCCUCGACUCAAGUAUCCAUCGAGAAUAUAAAUAUUAUCAAGGCUCUGGUUGCGACACUUGAGGAACCGCAGUGGCUGCAGACUCUCGUGAAGGUGGACGAGCAUCUGCACACAGUAGCCGGCUUUAUCAUGAAUGCACACGAUGCGUCAGACCUCGAGAAGGAAUGCUUCGUGAAUCAUGGUUGGGGAUCUUUGACGAUGCGUGCAUCCGAAAAUUCUCCAUCGCGUUCUAUGCUCAGCACAGAAAUCCCAGAUGCAGAGAUCGCAAUCAUCUCCAAAGCGUGA